GGUUGCAACACGGAAAUCCGGGUUGUUUUCGUUUCACGGGGGGACUGGGCCACAUUGAUUUCAGUUUUCGUCUGAACAGAAAUGGCAGGUUCGGUGAGUGAGGACAAACAAAAAAAGACUGCUGGAAGUUCUGGUGCAGAUACCAAUGUUGACCCGCUGACUCCAGUGCUGCGCAUCAGCCAGCUGGAUGCCCUUGAGCUAGAUUCAGCCCUCGAACAACUUGUGUGGACCCAGUUCUCCCAGUGCUUCCAGAACUGCCGCCCAGGCCUGCUUACCCCGCUGGAACCUGAGCUGAGGGCUCUGCUCCAGCUGCUCAUAUGGAGGUUCACACUUUAUUCCAACAGUGCCACAGUAGGACAGUCUAUACUGAGUCUACGCUAUCACAGCAGGCUGUCCUCAUCUCGCCGUUACCGGCCUCUGUCCCGCAGGCAGAAGUUCAGCCUUGCCCUUCUCACUGCAGGUCCCCGCUGGCUCCAGGACCGUUCACACAGCCUGUUGCUCUUUUUAGGGUUGGGCACAGGAGGACCUAUUUCACAAACGGACUCUGGGUUCCAACAAGGUAUCCGUAGAUGCCUGGCUUUUGUUUCUGGUAUCAUUCAGCUUGCAAGUCUCUUCAACUUCCUUGUGUUCUUACGGAAAGGUACCCAUCCUGUUCUAGCUGAAAGGAUUGUUGGAGUUCAAGCAGUUUUUAGCAAACCCAACGUGGUCCGGGACGUAUCCUACCAGUACAUGAACCGUGAGCUUCUGUGGCACGGCUUUGCUGAGUUCCUCAUCUAUCUCUUACCACUGAUCAAUACAAGAAAACUUAAGACAACCAUACAUUCAGUCUUAUUUGGGCGUGAAGGUAAAGGUGGGGAGGAAGCGGGGGACGGGCACAGGGUGUGGAGGGAGUGUGGACUGUGUGGAGAAUGGCCGACCAUGCCUCAUACGGUGGGCUGCCAGCAUGUUUUCUGCUACUACUGCAUCAAAAGCCACAGCAUCGCAGACGCUUACCUCACCUGUCCCAAAUGCGGUGCAGAAGCAGGGCAGCCUGAGCCGGUGAAGAUGGAGGUGGAGAUGGAGGGCAGGUGAUUAAUACGUCCUGCUCUGGAGGAAGUUAUUUCGAGAAGAAGUUUAUUUUGAAAUGGUUUCAUGACUUCACAGCUGUACAAACAGAAUCUGCAUACACGGUACAACACUAACUACCUUGUGUGUAAAUAGAACUCUGUGAUGAUUUUGGUUUAAAAUAUGUUAAAUAUUUAAUAUUAAAUUGAAAGGUCAGAGUAUUCUCAUAA